AUUUACAUAAAUCAAUCCGUAAUAUGUUAGAAACACCUGCCUAACAUUUGACAAGUCCUACUUCGUCUGCAAAAAAAUAUAAAAGCUGUUAAAGAAUGUCUCCUUCACUUUCGCAGAAGUAAACGAAAGGUAACUUCAAAUUGGCACUUAAUGGUUGAUAUGUAUCAUACGGCCAAACAUCUUGCUUAAGACACUAAAGAAGAAAGGGUUUGGUGUAACUUUGUCAUGAAAAUACUUAGCAUCAACGAAGUCUUCAAAGGACAAUCUUAAAAAAUAAUUUAGAUUGUACUCUCGUGUUCUCAACGAUUAUUUGUGACUGAAGAUGAGCAAUACAAGUUGCGAUCCAGAAUCCUCUUUAUCUUGGAACAUAGCUGAUUAUGAUCUUGCCAGAGUAGUAGUUAUAAGUUCAAUUAUUGUCGCAUCCAUGUCUCCUGUAACCGUAACCGGGAAUCUUCUUGUUGUGCUCGCCAUAUGGAGAAACGAGUCUUUAAGAAGCUCGACGUACUUCUUGGUCGGCGCUUUAUCGUUGGAGUACUUUGUAUCAGGGGUACUUUUUCAACCAUCAUAUUCUAUAAAGGAACUUGCCUUGGCGUUGAGACCAUCUCUGAUAAAGACAUCGGUCUUCUAUUAUUUGCACUUAACCCUCGGAGGCCUUGGAAUAUACACAACUGCUCUUACGACCUUAACUACAACAUUGAUGGCAAUCGAAAGGUGUCUUUAUAUGACUAGGCGAAGAUGGGCGAAUUCCAGCCGCGUUUUCAAACUCUUUCUUGUGAUAUUACUUCUGCCCAUACCACUAAAUGUCUUCCGUACGUUGCAAAUUUUGACCGGAUCUUACUGCCUAGUGUCACAAAUAGCAAUAAUAUCCCUUGUAACACUUUGCUUUGUAGUAACUUCCUUAACUUAUCUUCAAGUUUAUCGAAGCAUUCGUCACCAUCAACAGCAAAUUCAAGCCAGCGUGACUGCGACGCGUUCCCCAAGAGGGCCAUUCAUAAACAUGGCAAAGUACAAGAAAUCAGUCUUGACAAUUCUCCUUAUCUUGGCUUCGUUCUAUUUGAGUUAUUUGCCGUUCAUUGUCAACGUUUUUCUA